CAAUGCUGUAUAUAUAUAUUGUGGUCAUGUUUAUGCAGAAACAUAGAUGCAAAAUUCAACUAAUGUGGAGGUCUCUUAUGUUAACAAUGGUAUGAACAACUUAAACAUAGCAUAGAUCUUCCAAAAUGACAACAAAAAUCAGUGUUGAAACAGCAGAUGGUCGGGUCUUUGAAAGUGUGUAUGCCUAUGGAGUAACAUACAGGUCCAGUGUGCUGGAGCACAUUCCAGGGCGGGACCUGGCAGGUCACAUAGAGAACGUCAUGAACAUGGACAUACGUGAUGAUGACAUGUACCUUGCCUCAUACCAGAAGUCAGGAACACACUGGGUAUGGGAAAUUAUGAAUAUGCUGAGAAAGCGGAGUGCAGAGUAUGAGAGGAAAGUGAAAGACUCUGCCAUGCUUGAUAUGCUCACCAUGGAGAAAGCCGAACAAAUGAACUCGCCAAGAAUUCUCAACUGCCACUACCCACCAAAGUUGAUACCAAAGCAAAUUUUGAAGAAAAAGAUCAAGAUUGUGCAUGUUCAAAGAAACCCGAAGGAUGUUUGUGUCUCUGCUUAUCACCAUAUUGCAUCAUUUUCCCCGUAUCCCGGGGUGAAGACUUUUGGAGACUUCCUCCCAUUUAUGCUUGGCACAAACGGCAUAGAUUUCUUCUAUCCAUGGUGUCAGUAUGUUAAAGAAUGGGAAUCAUUUUCAAAGAAACACCCAGAACAAAUACUGAACCUCUACUAUGAAGAUCUAAAAGAGGACCCUGUAAGAGAGAUACAGAAGAUCAAUGAGUUCCUGAACACUGGUUGUAGCGCGGAGCUUAUCAGCCAGAUAUCCCAGGCAUGUGAUUUCAGUAACCUACAGAGAGCGGACACCGAGGUCAAAGAGAUGGACUUCUUCAAAAGUAGGGGCAAAAACCCUAUGUACAGAAAAGGGGAAGUGGGAGACUGGAAGAACUGGUUCACAGUGGCCCAAAGUGAACAGAUGGAUGCCUGGCUGCAAACAAACAUGGCUGGCUCCCAGCUCUCAUUCAGAUAUACACUCUGAUGCAAACACAGGACAUAAUGCACCAGAUUUGACGUGUGAAUCAUUAAUGUCGAACAGUUUAUGUGUGAUGAAGUUUCGGUAAUUCAACAAUAUAUAUUUAUGAAAGAGUGGGUACUAAGAUGCUGGUAGAGAGGGAAUAUUUCAAAUGCAAUUUGUAUGUCAUUUUAUCAAAUAAUGUGCAAAUUAAGAAACUAAAAAAAAUGUAACACACUUUU